UUGUUCUUUAGUUCAUUUUUUUUUGAAGUAUCUCAUAGUAGUGUAUAUAGUUCAUCACAAUCACCAUUGUCGUCAUCAUUGUCAUCCAAAUCACCACCAUCAUUUCGAUCAUCAUCAUCACCAUCAUCAUCAUCACCAUCAUUCACCACCGUCAUCAGCAUCGGCACCAUCGACAGAACCAGCAGCAACAACAGCAGCAUCACCAUCAUUCUUAAUAAACAUAAACAGUUAAAUAUGGAACAAAAUAUGACGUACAUUAACGUCAAUGCGGAUAUAUCCACUGAUGUUCAGGAAAAUAGACCAAAGAAUACAGAAACAGUGCCGUCAAAACAGUUAACUGCAACCGAUGAUGAUGAUGAUGACGAUAAAACCGGUAGAGUUAACCUUCAUUGUGAAUGUUUACAAAAACAUAAAAGUUGCAAAGCGAAUAUGAAUAGUUUUCAAUUGACAUUCGCAAAGCACACACAGACACAGACAUUUACCAGACACCACAGACACACACAGAGACACACACAGAGACACACACAAAAACACACACACACACACACACACACACACACACACACACACCCGCAGAUAAACAUACACUAAAA